AUGAAACUCGCGGACUUGGAGCAGCAGGCUCGGCGAAUCCUUGUCGGCCUUGGCUUUAAGGAAGAGGCAUUCGAGAAAAAAGUCUCCACCCUGUCGGGAGGUUGGCGCAUGCGAUGCAUGCUAGCCAGUGUUCUUGUUCAAAAUCCUGAUAUCAUGAUCCUUGAUGAACCGACCAACUUCCUGGAUCUUCUUGGAGUGGUGUGGCUAGAGAACUAUCUGAAACAGCUCCGUGACACUUCAGAGACAACCAUCGUCUUGGUAUCGCACGACAGGGAUUUUAUCAACGCUGUGUGCGAGGAGAUUGCCAUUAUCCGAGAUCAGAAGGUGACCUAUUUCCGAGGAAAUCUCGCGGCAUACGAACAAGAUUUCGAGGCACAGAAACUCUAUUUGGGGCGUAUGAAGGAGGCCCAGGAGCGACAAAAAGCGCAUAUGGAGUCAAGUAUUCGCGAGAACAUGAAAUUGGGAAAGAAGACCGGCGACGAGAAUAAGCUAAGGCAAGCAAAAUCACGCCAAAAGAAGGUCGAUGACCGGAUGGGUCUGCAGGUUAGUGCGAACGGGGGGCGAUUCAAACUGAAUCGUGAUUUGGUUGGUUGGCAUGAGCAUAACCGGGCAGAGAUUGAAGUUCCGGAAGACGAACGGGGCGCAAGUAUGAGUCUCCCCGAUGCCACUGAGUUGCGAUUCCCUGGCCCACUAGUCUCCCUCGAGGACAUCGUGUUUCAAUACAAGAAAACAGACCGCGUCAUUUUGGACACGGUAAACCUAGUGGUUCACCUCGGGGACCGUGUUGGAAUUAUGGGACUCAACGGGUCCGGGAAAACCACACUGCUACGCGUCUUGACAGGACAGGUCAAUCCUUCCAAGGGUAAAGUUUCGACCCAUGCCCGAUUGAAGCUUGGCUACUAUAGCCAGCACUCCGUGGAGGAGCUGCAAGAUCGUGGCCGGGCGGAGCCUAGUAUGACUGCGUUGAGCCUGUUGAUGACCGAAACUGAGGGAAAUCUCAAUGAGGGCGCCGUCCGAGGAUUAUUGUCUUCGAUGGGGUUAGCGGGUCGCAUUGCAUCCGACGUGCCCGUGGCCAAGCUCUCCGGUGGACAACUGGUUCGUCUUGCAUUGGCUCGAAUCGUCUGGAGUGCGCCGCAGCUUCUCAUUCUAGAUGAGAUCACCACGCAUCUGGACUUCCACACUGUCACCGCAUUGGCCACGGCCUUGUCAUCCUUCAAUGGUGCUAUCCUCCUGAUUUCACAUGACCGAUUCUUGGUGCGGUCUGUUAUCGAAGGAAAACGCGACACCGACCAUAAACUCGACGAGGACUUUGAAGGGUUAGAGACGGAAGAAGCGGAGGAGACGCAAAGACGUCGAUCGGUCUAUGUGAUCAAACAAGGCAAGAUGACAGAACAGAAAAACGGGGUGGAACAGUUUGAGCAGAGUUUAGUAAAGCGUGUGCAGAAGUUACUGCCUGCCUAA